AUGGUUCGAUACGCCGCCACAGAGAUCGCACCCGCGAAGUCGGCCCGCGCCCGCGGUGCCUACCUCCGUGUCUCUUUCAAGAACACCCGCGAGACCGCCCAGGCCAUCAACGGCUGGAAGUUGACCCGUGCUGUCAAGUUCCUCGAGAACGUCCAGACCAAGACUGAGGCUGUCCCCAUGCGCCGAUACGCCGGCUCUACCGGCCGCACCGCCCAAGGCAAGCAGUUCGGUGUUUCCCGCGCUCGAUGGCCCACCAAGUCCGCCGAGUUCCUCCUCGGUCUCCUCAAGAACGCCGAGUCCAACGCUGAUGCCAAGGGUCUCGACACCUCCAACCUCAUUGUCAAGCACAUCCAGGUCAACCAGGCCCCCAAGCAGCGCAGACGUACAUACCGUGCUCACGGUCGUAUCAACCCUUACAUGUCCAACCCCUGCCACAUCGAGCUUAUCCUUACCGAGGGUGAGGAGGUUAUCCAGAAGUCCGAGUCCGUCGCCGACCGCGAGCACCUGAGCUCGAGACAGCGUGGUGUUCUCCGCCGCAAGGCUAUCACCGCCGCAUAA